AACUUGAAUUUGAGAGACAGCUUUUCUGAAUUUCUGUUCAUCUUUCCUAAACUGCACUCUCAUCCACUUCUACCUCUCUCAUGGCAGGGCUUGGCACUGACAGACACGUUGUCACACAUAGGAGUGCAGAACCUUUCUCCAUUUUUUGGCACUCCCCCUCCUCCUCCCAGCAUCUCUAAUAAGACACAUGCUCCUGGGCUGGGCUGUUCACUCACACCAGCCUUUUCUGGCUUCUGCUGCUACGUGCUACUCACUUGUUACAGUUCUGCAUGGCUUCAUGGAUGGAAGAGCUGUGCAUUUUCUGCUCACAGAUUUAUCAUCUCUCCAUCUAUCUCCACACCUGAGCCAAGCACUGCGCUCCCACUUCCCUCUUAUCCUUAUCCUCUGCAUUAUGGCUUGUGCUCUAGGUGCGUUUGGUUUUGCAGCUGUAUUACUCUCUGUCCAAGGAAGGGAAGUUCGCAGUGGGCAGUAAACAGGUCCACCUGCCUCAUCGUGGUAAAGGGGGACACCUCGCCACAUUUGUCUGCCUGCAGGGGGAGUGCCAGCACUGCUGGGCAGCAGGGACUAUGCAUCUGGGACUGCUAAUGCUGGUGGUGGUCUUCCUCAGCUCUAUGGGUUACAGUGACAGCCUAAAGAUCUCCAGAGGAAGGAAACAGAGACACACAGCAAGUACUGAAGUGCCAUCAGCAUGUUCCAGUGGUUGUGAAACCUGCUCCGAAUACAACGGAUGCACAAAAUGUCGACCACGACUUUUCAUCCUCUUGGAAAGAAAUGACAUCCGUCAGACAGGGGUGUGCCUUGCCACUUGUCCUGUUGGAUAUUACGGCAUUCGAAAUCGCGACGUGAACAGGUGUACACAAUGCAAAAUAGAAAACUGCGCUGACUGUUUCAGUCGAACUUUUUGUGCAAAAUGUAAGGAGGGAUUAUAUUCAUACAGUGGCCGGUGUUACCACAGCUGCCCUGAAGGCUUAAUCACUGUCAACAAUACCAUGGAGUGUGUGGUGCGAUGUGAGUUGGGUGAGUGGAGUGCAUGGGGCCCCUGCAUGAAGAAAAACAAAACAUGUGGUUUCAAAAAAGGCAGCCAAAGCCGUAGGAGGGAGCCUACACAGCCCCCUAGUCCGGCUACAGUCGGUGGCUCUGCAUCGCUUUCUCCCUGCAUUGCUGAGACAGAGACGCAGAAAUGCAGCGUGCUGAAGAGGAUCCCCUGUGGAAAAGGAGACAAAGGGACAAUGUCUAAGAACCAAGGAACAUUAAAUGGCAAAAACCGGGGUCGGGACUCAAGGGAAAAUAAUAAAGGAGGAGGAAAGAGGAGAAAGGGCCAAAGUCAAACUACUACUGCGCCAUCAAUGACAACUAGCACCAUCACUUGACCUGACAGUGGCAUCUGAUGGGCUGGAAGAUGUAAAGAAGAUGGUCCACCCUGAAAGGCUGCUGAGUGUUACUUAAUUGUGACACUGUCAGACUAAUUUUGAAAAGGAAUUAUAAUGCUGCUGCACAUUCAUAAAAAUGCUCAAUGGGAACUGGAGGAUUGCUGCAAUAAGUUACAAAGUGUGUACUGUUUAUGUUAGACAUAAUGAAAAGAUGUUUCUUUGUGCAAUUGGAAGCACUUUGAAAGACUGCCCUUAUGAAUGAUCAUUCUUUGUAAAAUUUGUUUUUUUGAGUGAAAUGCUUUGUAUGUCCCACUUUUAUAUUCGACUAAAAACUUCUACACCUACAUUAUGAAAGACACAUCAAACGAGCUGUUACCUCCAUAAGCUGACUCAUACACAUUUAAACCACGUUAACCUGUUGACCUUUCCAAAUCUUAAAUUGGUUCAUUUUCUCAUGUUGGCUCUGCUUUAUUUUGGUGAAAGGUACUAAUCAAAAGCAGGAACUGAUACAUUCUUAAUAUUUCUAUUGUAUAAUGAAACCGAAGCAAAUCACUGGAACUAAUUUUGUUUUUAUAACUUUGUUUAAGACUUUAAAAAAAAGUUUUUGCUUUUUUUUUGGACAAAAUGAUUCAAAUCAUAAAAAUAUGAUGUCUAACAGCAGAACAAACCUAAUUCUUGGUUUCUUAGGCAACAAUCCAUUUAUCAUUUUUUUACUUUUAGCUGUCUAUGUAUAACAAAAGGCUGAUCAAAGAGAACAAUAAUCCACACAAGUAAAAUAAUGAAUGUAUAUUUUAUUUGGCAGCGAGCAGUGCACUAUGAUAGACUAACCAGACAGGAAGAUGAAUGAAUCCUGUGUGAAUGAUCAGAAGGUUUUGUGAGGAAUUGCAUUGACCAUACACCUACAUUGGGUAAGACUAUGGUACUUGUGUAAGUGUUUGCGUGCAUUUAUGUGUGCAUCAUGAGAGAGAGAGAGAAAGAGAGAGAGAGAGAGGGGAGAGGAGAGAGACGCAAGAGUGCAGGCAAUAUGAACAUUGUACUAGCACAUUAUUUCACACAUAUUUUCGCACUAGCCUUUACACACAGUACAGCAAUCUACAUAUCACAUCUCUCAUCAGUUAUUAUACAGUACAUAUCUUAGCAACAGGUUCAGCUAUAUUUAGCAAAUAAUCCAUACUGUUCAGAAUUAUACAGCACUAUCAGAGAAGGCAAUGCUCUAGCACAUAAGUGAUGCAUUUCUACUUACACUGACAGUUUUUGUAAUAAACUUUUGACACAAGAAUACUCGCUUCUUUAGUAGAUAUUGAGCAUGGACAUUCCUGAUGUCGUGUCUUACUGAAAUUGUCUGCUUCAGUAUAUGUCGAUAAUGAUUACUUAAUACAACAUUAUUACAAUAUACUUUAUGUUAUUGUAUAUCUUAUUAUUUGAAAUUUCUGCAUAAAAUAAAAUCGAAAUAUUACACUUUGCAAGAUCACAGCCUUCAAGCCUACUCAUUUGGCCACAUUCAGAUCCAGGUUCCUUCUUAUUAUACAGUAUUCUGGAUGGUUUUUGUUAUAUUUUUUAAUAUUAUAAUUUCAACAACUGUAACUUUGUACUACAUUUCAUGUACAUAUAAAUCAAA